AUGAACGCUUGUACCCUACCCAUCAUUCCUCCGCCGGCGGAUGUCGAGAUGUCCUUGGACGACGACGAUUGCCAAGACAGUCCACACGAAGACUACCGCGAGUUAUUGAAUGACGAACGCUGUGUUCAAUUCCUCGAUCAAGGCUCCUGCCACAACCAUCCUGAUAAUACCACGCCCGACAGACUCCUCAUAUGGCAAGCCAAUCUCAAGAAAUGCGACACGAGAGUGAAAGCCCUCUGCACCGAGAUCGACAGGCGACUAUAUGGAGAGUCUCCCCGCCCCCUCCCCCAAGUCAUUGCCGUACAGGACCUCUGUUACAAACAGGCCUUCCAUGGUAUCCCUGGAUAUCAUGUCUGGUACCUCUCUGACGGCCAGUUCACCGCAGGGGACUACGACCCUGACGCACAACAUAAAAAGUGGGCUAAGAUCAUUGAUAAGUGCCUCGAGGCCCUCGAGCGUGCCGAGGUCGCCAUCAACGUGAGCCAACCUUGGCUGCGCCCUACGUCUACCACAACUCGGCAGGCAAAUCACACUUUUACCUUCUCACACGAUACCCUGUCCAGCCUCCGCGAGAUUACCUUUGCGAACGAAGACACCGCUGAUAUAGCCAAGUCUGUCCUGUUAUGCGUCUCAAAGACGCUCACGACUGUACAGAAUAAAGUCACAGAGUCUUUGAGGUCCUGCUCAGAUGCUCCUGCGCCACUUGUCUCCGCCGAGAAAGCAUUCUCUUCUGUUCAGAAAAGUCUUUUCACUGGAGUCCAUAGCCUCUCCGACAAGAGCUUCCAGUUCAAAGCCACACCCAAGAUGCACAGCGUCGGCUUCUAUGUACACAACUCUAUACCGACUACUUCGUGGAGAGUCAAGACCUGCAAAGGUGCGAACAGGGAACUGCUUGCUACCCUUGAGAUUGCCACUGCUACGGAGCCUCUGGCCAUUCACAACGUUUAUAACCACGUCAACAGACUCAACGUCAACCGUUUACUCUCCUACCUGGACUCGUAUGCAGGUCACAGCAUUCUUCUUGGGGACUUCAACUACCAUCACAAGGACUGGAACGGCGGUCGAAAGACGGAGACGAGCACGUCGGGCAACAAGUUUGCCGAAGGCGUCAAGGCACGCAACUACAUACUGAAGACCAAGGAAGGCGCAAUCACCUACUCCAACUCCAGCGAUGAAACGAAGCGCAGCUCGACUAUAGAUCUGACCUUUGCCAAGGGGUCGGUCAGCGAGUCGGUCGGGUACUGCGAAGUACUCCAAGUGCCAGGGUUCCUCAGUGACCAUCGUGUCAUUGAAACAUCGGUCAAGCGAACGGUCAAGACGGAUGUUAAGACUAUGCCCUGCUGGCACAAGAUAACUCCUGCCAAGUUCCAGCAUCAUCUCAAGCCCCGGCUUCCACUUCUCGAUAGCCCGCUCGACAACGAAGACCAGGUUGUUGACUUUUUUGGCAAGAUCAUAGAUGCUCUACACGUUACUAUGAUGGAGAACGUGCCCAGAAGGUCCUGCGGCAUCAGACCUCAAGUUCAGCGAGUCAAGCAGCUGGCAUCCAAGUUGAGAAAACGACUUGCAGAGUUGGACGCUCUCAAGAAGAAGGAUCAGACGCCCAAGACAAUGCGGAGAAUAUCCUUUCUCGAACGCGACCUCGAUAGGUUGAACACUGAGAUGUGGGACGCGUCCGACCGCGACAAGAUUCGACGUCCCUCCGCGAGGGAGCUAUUCAACGUGUUCAGGUUGGCCAAGGGCAGAUCUCAACCACUUCAGUUCGCUCAAACUCCAACACUCAGGUACAAGGACGACAGUGCAACGGUCAAUGAAACGCAACUUGCGGUCUCGGAUGAGCAGAAGAUUGAGAUGAUCAAGAAGGUCAAGUUCCGCAACAACAACAAUCCCGAGUCAAAGAGGAUCUUGGACGAUCCUGGUCCAAGGCACGACCCCCAGCGAGAGGACAUCUAUAUGUCCCGGGAUAUCGAUGCCGAGAAGCUCCGGACAAUCGUCAAGAAUCUCAAGAACAACAAAGCCCCAGGACCGGACAAGGUUCCCAACGAAGCGAUCAAGCUCGGCAUGGAGCUUCUGCUGCCUUACUUUGUGCUUGGAUUCAGAGCCUGCCUCAACCUAUCACUUCACCCCGCAAACUUCAAGGACAGCAUCAUCGUCAUGCUACUGAAGGCUGGUAAGGAGCCCGAUAAGCCCGAGUCUUAUCGGCCCAUUUCAUUACUCUCAACCGUCGGCAAGCUUUACGAAAAGAUCCUCGCCGACAUGAUGACUGAUGCCUUGAAGGAAAAUCCACAUCUCCUUCCCGCAACACAGUUCGGUAACAAGACAACAACGGAGGCCCUGCAAUAUCUUUUCCGUAUCAUCUUCAGCACUUGGUGCUCUAACAGCGAUGACGUUGUCACGAUUCUCGGUCUGGACAUGAGCAGCGCCUACGAUAACGUCUUUCGCCAGAGGCUUUUGCAAACCUUGUACGACAAAGGCUUCCCCAGAUGGUUUGUUGACAUCAUCGGGCUUGUGCUUUCACUACGAGAUGCCACUAUGCGUUUGCCGGGUAUCAUCUCUGAUCCUUUCGAAAUGAACACAGGAAUUCCCCAAGGCUCGCCCCUCUCUGCUGUCCUCUUCUACUUCUUUGUUUCCCCUCUCGUGGAGCGAACGUUCCCUCCCCGACUCAUCUACGUCGACGGCAAGAAGGAGACGGUCCGCCUAUACCAGUUCUCUUUCGUGGAUGACGUCUACUACAUCGCCGUCUCUCGCAGCUACGUCAUCAACUGCCGAGGACUUGAAAUCCUCCAUGAGCAGAUGAUGCCCAUCGCUAAGGAGCUGUUCAUCGCGUUCGGUGCUCACAAGUACCAUGUCAUGCACAUGAGAAAACCAACCGUUCGAGAACCGGCACACAACCAGGUGAGGCCCAAGAUCGAUGGUUUCGUCGAGGAGGUCCAGGAGAAGAUGACAAUCCUUGGUGUGUUGGUGGAUUCUCAGAUGACCUUUGACCUUCAUGUAACCGAGAUCAUCAACAAGUGCAGACAGAGACUGGGUUACAUGAUGCGGAUCUCGGGGAGUACAUGGGGCCCUGACAUGUACGCAAUCCGUCAAUACUACUUGACGCUGAUUCGUCCUGUCAUUACCUACGCUUGUGGAGCUUGGUUCAUCAAGCAGAGCGAGGGAGUCAGCCCGCCCCUGCAUUUUGGUCUCCACAAGAAGUUGAUUGGCCGACUUCAGUCACUGCAAUCUGAAUGCCUUCGUUUCGUCUCCGGUGCCUUUGGUUGCGUUGCUGGUACCUUGGUCGAGAAGGAGCUGUUCAUCGAGAACAUGUGGACUACCUUGCACUCUCAGGCCACGUUGCAACGUGCUAUGAGCUUUACUUCCCAUGAUCCGCGAUGGAGGUACCUGUCUUGCAGUGAUGGUUCCUCAAAGGCUAGGAUCCAGAACCCAAUCAAGAUCUUGGACGAUGAGGCAGGAAAGGUGCUGGAAGGCGCCUUGGACUAUCAGAUCCUGGUGUCUCAGGAGUCGGAUGAUCCUUCUUAUGCGCAGGCCAUAGCAGAUCGCUUUGCAGACCGGAAGGGUCGUGGCAAGAUAGUGGGAUCCCAUAUCAAGUGGCUGGCAGCCCAAGACUGUCAGGACUUAUGGCAGAGGUACAUUGAAGAUCGCGAGGACACUCAACUCGCAGCUGGAAAGUCUCGGUCGCAGUUGAGACUCCCAGUUGCCUUGACGGAGGAAUGGGGGAAACACAGCCUUCGCUACUACAAGGGUUUGACCCGGGCCCAGAGUACCAUGCUGUUCCAAUGCAGAACAGAGUUCAUUGGCCUCAAGUACCAUCUCUUCAGGAUCAAGCUAGGCGAUGCUCCAUACUGCCGUUGCAACAAAUCUCGAGAAACCCCCUUUCACCUCUUCGUCGAAUGUCCAUUCCUCGAGGAUCAGCGAAAGUUUUUAUUCCGAAAACUUCAACACAACAGCUUCUCUACACUGCUCACUCUCGACGGAAGAGUCGCGGCCGAUUGGGCCAUCACAUACUUCGACAUCGAGCAGUUUGAUAAUGUGAGAAAGAAGUCUACCACUUUCGUUUUCGACCCCAGCUUCAUCUCGCCCCGUGAGGAGCGGACAUCCACUUCUAACUCCCCACAGUCAACCCUGCCAGGGCGGACACUGGCAUUGUAUGCCACUGGUAUCACACUGCUGGAUAGCGCUCAAGGCCCCUCUACGACUCGAAGGGCAGUCCCCACUGCAUUGUUUGGUGUCCCGGCAGACUUGCGUAACAGAUGA